GUUUGCGCACUGAGACCGCCUCGAGUCUCUUUCUCAUAAGUUUGAUCAACGCCUUCAUCUGGAUCCUCUUUCUGUCUCUCUUUCCCAUCUCUUGUGUCUGUCUCUGUGAGAAGUGGUGGUGGAGGAGAACAAGUAUCAGCAAAUGGAGGGGACUGUGAUGAAGAGAGAGAUGUCUGUGGCUGAUUACGGUGGACUUAAUGGAGGAGGACGAGCAAUGGAGCGGAAUGAGAAAAGGGGGAAGAGGUUGAGGGAAGAACAGCAUGAGGAAGUAGAAAGAGAGGGGUCGGAGCUUCUUCAGGAUCCUCUGGUGGUGUUUGGCUCGGAUAUAAUGUUGAUGAUACUGAGCCGUCUUGACGCUCGCAGCUUGGCAGUCUCCCUGCUUGUCUCUCGUGGAUGGCAUAGCGUUGCUUCCAGCAACAGUAUUUGGAGCAGUAAGUGUAAGGAAUUGUGGCAAGGGAAAGCACACAUACCUCGUUUGUCACAGGUCCAAGGAAUAUCAAAGUUGGCUGCUUAUUCAUUUUCUGUCAUGGAUGGGAAACGUAACCGCAUUAUGAAGGAGGACCUCUGUGAUCAUGUGUGGGAAUUUCGUUUUAAAAAGGAGGCUCCUGAAUAUUGGAGAAACCUAGAUCCUUCUUGGAAGGGCACAGGCCCUCCUAUGCACCGCUACUUCCAUCCAAAUGGCACCCAAACUGCAGAUCCUGGUGAUCCAGUUUGGGGUGGCCAUGAGUGCAGUUAUUCUGUUGUUACCAGUUUUGUUGGAGAGGGAAGGAUCAGGGAACAUUAUGUUAGGAUAAACAGAUGGCCUCAAAUGUCUGUUUCAAGGAAGCAGGACUGGAGCUGGGAGUUGGCCAACCAUUUGUUUUGUUACACAAGCAUUCCAGACCCUGAGAAGGAGGGUGGCACUGGACCACUAUUGCCAGUCUGGUACUCAAAGACAGACUUCUCUGGUCAUUGUUCUACGAGGCGCAAAACAGGAGAGGGUUUUGUCUCAAAACCGUGAGACCCCAUUCCUGUCUGGAACCAAGCGCCUGCUUCUCCCAGCUGCUUGUUGAAGGUCUAGUGUGCAUAGAGUGAUGAACAGCCCAAGUUGUGUAUAUAGCAUAUAUGUUAUCAACUAGACUUGCAGUUGUAAUCAAUAUAUAAAUAGGAGUAGCAGAGAGGAAGAAAACACAUCCCACAAGAGAAGUAUAAUACAGACUCUGUGAAUACACUAGUCGUUCAAUAGCAAAGGAAAGCUACAAUUGCACAUUAUAACAGAUGAUUUUCUC